AUGCGCGGCUACUGGCGGAACCCGAAAGCGACGGCGGAAACGUUCGCCGUUGAUGCCGACGGCACGCGCUGGCUUCGGACGGGCGAUGUGGCCUACGUCGACUCGUACGGGCCCGGCGGCCUCUUCUUCAUCGUCGACCGCAUCAAGGAGCUCAUCAAGGUCAAGGGCAACCAGGUGGCGCCUGCCGAGCUCGAGGCGCUGCUGCUUGAGAGGACAGACGUGGCCGAUGUGGCCGUCGUAGGUGUGACCAUCGAGGGCGAGGAGAUGCCCCGUGCCUACAUAGUCAGAACGCCAGGGUCCGAGACGUCGGGCGAGGAGAUUGCGACGUGGCUUGAGAAGAAGGUCUCCAGGCACAAGAGACUUCGAGGCGGUGUUGCCUUUACGGACGUCAUUCCCAAGAACCCGUCCGGCAAGAUCCUGCGGAAGAUCCUUCGCGAGAAGGCCAAGCAGGAAGUGGGUGACCGCGACCCAGCGACCUCGAAGCUUUCAUAG